CGACGCAAUGCAGUCUGCUGCUUCUUAGUCUACUGCAGGAAUCGAAACGCGACAGAGUCUGAAGUUACCCGGCUAGAACACGGUGCUAACACAUCUUCCUCUAUCAGUAUGCUAUAUUAUUCUGGAGCUAGGCCAAGCGUUGACAACUAAAUUCGACGAACCUUCUACGAGAGCUGUGUAGCGCAGCUGUAUUGCUUAGAAGGUUCAGCGAGUGUAUCUGGGCUGAUCACCAGAAACGCGCUUAGAUAGUGUAUCUCAGGAAGCUUUCGUCUGCGAGCCAUUGUGUGACUGACGUCUAUAUGAACGCGAUCUAAAAAAAAAAUUCGAAAAAAAAAUCGUUGCUCAUAUAGCUGGGAGACACAAAAGCAUUUACUUUACUUCUCAGAAGAUCAGUUUGUUAACUUGUUGUUGCUGCGGCAGAAAAAAGAAGGGCCAAGGCUCAUUCUAAGCCCCAGGUCAAUCGGUCAGAGUCAAGGCUGUCUUAAACGUUACCACCACAGAAAACCCAGCAGGAGCUGUCUGACCCAACAGCAAAGCUAAAGUCACCGGCAGCAAGUGAGGGCGCAUUACAGGCAAAUGAUAAACGCGGAAAUCUCGUCUGGUCAAAGCCGUAUGCGCACUGAUAAAAGUGACAGUGAAUUUAGGGCUGGCGAGGGCAUCUGUCGUGCAACAAGCAACGUAUAGGCAUUGAGGGGACGUGAUUUCGUAGAAAGUGAAUUGCUGUUGCUGUCAUUCCUUACCCUUGAGCUUUUUCUGCUGUUCCUUAACAUCUCCUACGUCGGACCAAAACGUUAUAGACGCAUGUCUCAGCUUUGUCGUUCGUUGACGUUCUACCGAAGCGAAUAGAAGCACUUGGCGCCUUUUUAUUCGAGUUUACCUUCCUGUUACACCUUUCAGCAACCGUUAUCGUUUGCUUGCAGCGAUUUCCGGUAAACUUCUUUUGUUUCAUUCCAACAAAAGAUUGGCCACUAUCACGAGUAUCGAGCUUUAGGUCUUUCUCACAUCUAGAUACAGUUGAGCACAUCGUUUCGAACAUACCUUACCUCUGUAGAUCUCAGCGGGUAUUCGCCGCUGUCGCUUGCUGUUUACCCAACUACAGACUCCACUUCCCCUUCUGCUCAUUUGUUCGGACUUCGCCGUUGGGUUUUGUGUGCAAAACUGAGGUAACGGAGCGAACGAAAAAGCCAGCACCGUUUUUGCUGCUCAAACGACCACCAGUCGGGCCUUCUCGCGACAGAGCUUUGCCGCUGAAGAAAUAACUCACUUGGUGCACCGUUUACUUCGCUUCUCGUCGUCUAGUCGCGGGACUUGUCGCUCCCUGCUAGCAACGGCAACAGCAGCUGUAACAGUAGACUCCUCUAGCGAAAGCUGCUCCGACGUUGUUUCCGAUUCGGGUCCAGCAAACGCAACGCUGACUGCGCUGCGUGUUGGGUUUUUUUUAGCGUUUCUAGCGUUUUCGGGUCCCCAGGUCACUCUUGUCAGUAGUUUUCGCCUUCUUCGCAGUGGUGGCGCUGCUGCAAAAAUACUUCUGCAGCAGCUACUUCUGCCUGCGUUCCUGUAGAGUUUUGGCAUCGGCUGCAGUGGCGGCAGCGGCGGUGACUGCUACAACCAUCUUUUCUGCUGCUGCUGCUGCUGCUGCUGCUGCUGCAUGCACUGCCGUGGUAACGGAACAGCAGGAGUUCUAGCUGCAGGACAUUACUACAGGGCAACUACAGCAUCUGUUUGGCAGGGACUUGCGUCUAGCGGUUGCUCAACGGCAGCAACAAUCGAAUUUGAACGGCACACUAAAACCAUACGGAAACCGUGCUGGUUUAUUACCGAUGUGUGAAGAUCUACGCGACGGUGUACGUUUGUGAGACAAUUGCAAGUUGGGCGACAACGAACAUAUCUGUUUCGUAAACUUGAUAUUUUCUAGCAUACAAAUCUUUGAGGUUUGAUAUUUGGAUCUUGUCAGGACUUGACAGGAAACCUCAGUAUGGAUGAUAUGCAGCUGAUUGGCUUUCCGGAAGGCCGUUACGUGUUCGAACGGGAUCCCCGCGUAAGUGAAUGGGUAUCCGCUCAGCCAUGGACCCUUAUAUCAAUUGUUGCCUCCUAUCUUUAUAUGGUCUACAUAUGGGGGCCUAAGUUCAUGAGGGACCGUAAGCCGUACGAGCUCACCACACUUACGCGCCUUUAUAACAUAUUUCAGGUGGUGGCCAGCUUAGGCUUUGCCAUAAGGAUUUGGACUCUCUUCUAUGUCACAAUGGGAAAUUCACUUUUGUGUACACCUCCGGAUCGUCGAACAGAUCCGCUUGCUAAGAAGUUCAUGUUCACAGUCUACUACUACUGGUGGCUACGAGUCAUUGACUUCGCUGACACCCUGUUCUUCGUCUUGCGUAAACGCCAACGCCAAAUCACGUUCUUGCACGUGUUCCACCACGUUGUCGUUGUAGCAGCUGCUUGGGGAUCCGCUUAUUUCGGUCUAACCAAUCUUCUGAUAUUCACGCUCUGUCUCAACUCGGUCGUUCACUCCGUGAUGUACUCGUACUAUUUCUUAUCGACCCUUGGCCCGGCAGUCCAGCCAUAUCUUUGGUGGAAACGUCAUUUGACCAAACUACAGAUUCUGCAAUUUUUCAUUAUGAUGGCUCAUUUGUCAAUUCCCAUCUGGAAAAGCUGUGGUUAUCCACCCGCCAUUGUCUACGGAUGGAUGGGAGCGGUUGGAGCCAUUCUCUUACUUUUCGUCAACUUUUACAUCCAAAGUUACAGAAUUCAACGAAAGCAAGCGAAGGACGUGCAGAAGGCUGGUAAGUUGACCAAUGGACUAAUGGCGGCGAAUGGCGACGCUGCGCUCCAGCAGCACGAAAAGCCCCACUAACCGGAUCUCGUGGUGAGUCAAGUCGAUAAGGGCUCCGAAAUGUCCGCCACCUCUUUAAAAAUGCUACACUGAAAUGGCGUCUGAUCGCAUAAGAUCCAAAAAUGUAUACCAUGUAAAUCCCUAGCUACAAGGUGGGGGUAUUAAACUGUACUACAAAUUUUGUCGAAGCUUAGCAGAGUUAAACAGAAAAACUUCGUUAACUACGACCGCCGGGUCAUACAAUGCUGCGUUGUUACAUCAACAAAAUUAAGAUACGUUAUUAAACACAGCUUGAUGACUGUUUAAUUUAGUGGAAGCUGAAAUUGUUGAAUUUUAAAAACGUUAUAUUAUCUUCGUUCAAGCGCUAUUGACCGAGUUUUUUUGAUGCGGUGAUACAACUAGGAUCGACCAUACAUCGUUAGCACAUAUAGAAAUUGCACGAUGUCUACACAGUUGAAACGAUGACGGAUCGGUUCACGAACGUUCGCAUGUCUUUGGUCCAAAGUAAAAAAAUAUUUGGCCGCUUAGAAAAGGGUAUAUGCCAUCAAAACGAUUCUUUAAUUUGAAGUGCUCAACACUAUAGUAAAGGUACAGUGAAACACGUAACAGGCAAAAACAAAUUUCCUACGCAAUUCAACCGCCUUCUUCUAUUACCUCUCUAGAAUUGAGCAUUUUGACUUUGUACGGAAAAAUUCAUGUAGCUAGGCUAGGAGAGCUUUGCGGCUAGCGAACUUUAGCAAUAGUGUAUAGUAAGGGUCGCAUUCGCGCUCUCAGUGACACUCGUCUAAAGGUAACAAGUGAUUGUGCUUGGCGGAUAACCAUUUCCUCACUGUAUAUGUAUAAAGCAUUAUAUUCUGCAUGUCAUACAGAGUAUAGAAAACAGGAUGAUAAGUCUAUACUGGCCGACCGUCACUCAGUACUCGUUGUACUAUGUAGCACCGUCCCUCGAGGUCAUUGUGAGGCCGUGCUUGAUAACAGCUUCUGUUUUGUCAAAAGUGUGUUCAGGCUUAUUACAGGGUGAAAUGACCCUUCACCUGUGAAUUGCUCGCUACAACGUCCUCUGUAGGUUGAAUUAAUGUUGUAAAUGAUUUCGGGAACGUUUUCUAUUCGAGUUCUAAAGGAAGAUGCUCCUCAAAUAAUUUCAUCACUCAGCACUGAGUAUUUAGCUGCCCGUGUUUUAAGCAGGUUAAAUUCUUUACGUUCAUCUGCAGUGACAUUUGGUGGCAGAUGAGGGCUGAUACUUCGUCCUGGAACGGUAUAAGCAAAAGGUAAUAAAAGAAGCUAACUUGUUCACACUGAUAGUAGUGCAUAUUUUGAUCGGCGAUCAUGAAAUAUUGUACAUAUAUAUAUAUAUAUAUAUAUAUGUAUGUAUACAUAUAUAUAUAUAUAUUAGUGCCGUACAUCUAUAUAAGAAAAUAAAGUUCACACGAUUUAGCGGUCGUGGCGUAGA